AUGCCUUAUGUCUAAUAUCUCUAUUAUCAACAGAAACUUCCAUAAAAUUUUGAAUAAGUACGUCAUCACGAAGACCCAAUCUCCGCUUAAGGCACGAGAAGAUCAAUCGCAGAAUAGUAGGAUGUGGUACCGUAAAUCAAAAGUGAAGCUCUAUAAGGAUACAUAAUGAUGAUUGUCAACGAGGAUGAAACUUUUCUCGAUAAAAUAACAAAUCUAAAAUAUAGCAAUUAGACAACUUUAUUUAAUCUGCUUGAUGGGUUGGUCCACAAAUAGAAGUGUCAAUAGAAGAGUAGAGAAGAACUAGUUAAGUAUUGCUUACGUAAAGCUUUGAAAUUUAUAUUCAAAAGAGUUCAAGAGAAAUACGAUAAAACAAAGACAAAUUUGAAAUCCGCUCAACGAAUAUUCAUGAAUAUUGUGGAGAAGGAAACUUCAGCCAUUAUUAUGCUGCCAUUUAGAAAAAAUAGCAUAAAUAAAACAAUGAAUUCAGAUUUUUUGAAAUAAAUUUUCUCUUCAAAAACAUUUGUUACUUACUACAAAGAAUUCUUAAACUCUUUGGAAUAGGAGAUACAAAAAGAUUCUAACAAAAAAAUUGCCAUUCUCUGCAAUAAAAUUAUGAAUCAUAUUCAAGAUGGAAAAAAUUUUGAAUUUGAUAUUAAAAGAUUACCAUGGUCUCGUUCAAAUGUAGAAAAAGUAAAACAGGCAGCUUAGGAAAUGUUACUUUAUUCAAAUUUUGAGAUUUAGUGA